CAUGUUAAGGCAGACUCCAGCGCGUACAGAAGCCAGAAAGCUUGGAAUACCCGGGCGCGUAAGACGUGAAAAUUUUAUAGUGAGAGUCACCGUUGAUUAUAGUUCUCCAGUAAUGGAAUGAGAAUAAAGGAAAUGAACAUAGGAUAGUUCGUCUUUACCUUGCAAGGUCGCCCAGAAACACUGAACACAGUCUGCUGGGUGUAGUAUGGUAUACAUCGUUGUAGCUGGUUGAUCUAAUUCCUAUGCAAUCAAAAAUGGAUUACGCUGUUUUCCGUACGGGUAUUAUCCUUGGGAUCAUCGGAUUCUGGGCAGUCCAAACAGGAGGCGAGGUUGAGCAGGAAACUGAUAUGUAUUCCCGCCAACAGUCUAAACUACUGAACCAACUAAUUAAUGAGUCCCGAUACGACAGUCGGCUUAGACCAAACCUAGAUGGUCGUCCCAUAGUUGUGAUAUGUGAUUUUUACGUCGCAAGCUUUGGUGAGCUUGAUGAGAUUGCAAUGGACUACAGUGUUGAUAUUUUCUUCCGGCAAAGCUGGAAUGACCCCAGACUCAAACAUACCGGAAUCAACGGUGACAACAAGACGCUCGCUUUACCCGCCAAAAUGUUGGAUAAAAUAUGGAUUCCGGACAGUUUUUUCUCCAACGAGAAGAUGGCGAGAGGUCACGAUAUAACAGUGCCAAAUAAACUCAUUCGAAUAUACAGCACGGGCAAUGUUAUGUUUAGUAACAGGUUAACACUGCUUCUCUCAUGUCAUAUGGCCCUUAACAAUUUCCCACAUGACCGCCAGAGGUGCAAUAUGGAUAUAGAAUCUUUUGGUUAUGAUGAUACUGACAUCGUGUUCAAAUGGAAAGCUGAAAAAGCGGUCGAGCUUAAUCCUGAUCUAGAGCUGCCCCAGUUCGAGCUCGACGAUGAUAUUGAGCUAACAGAGAAUUGCGAGAGAAGGUAUACUACUGGGAACUUCUCCUGCCUUAGAUCAACGUUCAAAUUGGCAAGAAAGUUCGGGUUUUUCCUGCUGCAGACUUACAUUCCUUCCGUGCUCAUUGUCAUUUUAUCAUGGGUAUCAUUCUGGAUCCAUCCCGAUGCUGUUCCCGCGAGAAUCUCGCUAGGUGUUACCACUGUGCUCACUAUGACCACACAACUGUCCGGUUCAAGGGCGUCCAUCCCGAAGGUGUCGUAUCCUAAAGCCAUAGAUGUAUGGAUGGCCACGUGCAUGUUAUUCGUGUUCAGCGCCCUCAUAGAGUACGCCUUGGUCAAUGUAUUAUCCAGGCAGAUUUCCAAGCGGAUUGCCCGGCGGUUGGCGACUCUUGCGGAACCCCCUGCGGAACCUGCCACUGACCCGUUGGAUUCUGAUGAUGCCAAAGAAAUAGAUGAGCGUCAAGGAGUGGAGAAGAACACGAUGAAACCUAAUUCGAAUGCAAAUAAAGGGGAUAAAGCUGCUGAGAAGCCAAGUACUAUGGAAACGUGCUAUCGGUCCUUCUUUCGAUUGAUAGAUUGUCCUGUUGGGCCUGGGAAUAGAAACCUCUCGUCAAGCAUCGACAAGUCAUCGAGAUACGGGUUUCCUCUGUCAUUUCUACUUUUUAACAUCGUAUAUUGGUCCGUCUACUCUUCGUAUUCGCCGGAGUGAAGUCUACUGGUUUGGUAGAUGGUAUGUGAUUUCAUUGUCCGUCACGGGAUGGAGUUUGCUCUUCUCAUCAUGCAUGGGAGGUCAUCAACUGAAGGUGUUCGGCAGAAAAAAAGAAAUUGGUUCUACAAAUGCAUAAUAACCGCCAGCAAUGCAUUUUUGGAAUGAUUAUCUAUGCGAAGAAUGUGCGAUUCUUGCUCGCAAAACUCGUCAUUUUAUAUUUCCGUUUUAUAGCCUCUCUUCACAGGUCGAUCGCGGAUAUAUGUACGCGUUGAUCAAGCUGCGCCGGAUAUAACCGAGUAUGAACUGACCUGAGCUGAUUGGCGCCCAAUAGCUUGAUCGGACUACGAUUUUUGUCAGUGACUGACCACGCAGUUUACUGAUUGAAGAAAUAGCCAAUAGGCCAAUGGCUUAUGAUUGAUGAUGGAAAGACGCCUUUUAGUUUGAUGCCUGAGAUUCAGGAUUCGAAAUCUGACCUGUAUGCUAAAUUGUGUUAGUGUGCGGCACUAAAUGCCAAGUAAAUGCCCGCGUAACAUGAGAUAAUAUAUAGACAAUGUAGAUAAACCAACUGCUUUCAGAGAAUUGCUGCUACGGAGUUUCAAUCCAAGUUUCAAUUCGUGCCAUAUCAGAAUCAGAGAAUAAACAUAUCGUUCGUGUUUUUAAUAUUGUAUGAACUUCACCAUUAACUCUUCUAUUUGGUGUAAAUUUCACCAGGGCUCAGCAGUAUUCAUUAUGCAUUUGAUUGGCGUUAUAGCAUGCAUUAUACUGCCGGCUGCAUUUUGAUAAAAAGUGCUUUGUCAGAGAGAGAGAAAAUGUGGUCGCCGACAUUCUACAGGAUGUGUUUCUUUUUGGAACGGGUUGGUCACCAGAUAUGUAUAGUGUACUUAAUAAUAUCCUAUAUCUGAUACUCUAGUCCAUUCGUAAUGAUUUGUCCUCAUCGUUUGAGGCUCAGGAGGGCGAAUUACAGGUUGGAUUUCUUUGAAGCUUGGUUUUUAUUGAUCCUUGCCUCAAAUCCAAACAGGAUUGUAAGAGAGGUUCAGCAUUCUCAUUUAUACGAAUGGACUAAAGCUCAUUCAUCACCAGUGUCAUUCAGUCUUCUCAAGACAGUGGAUUUAACACAGUCUGGCUUACAAGCGGUCAAAAAUUAACCUUGGAACCGAAUGUUGGUAAAGAGAAAAAAACUUUCUCGUUAUGACCUUUGGUUAUCAGUUGGAGAUAGGAACAUGUGCCUUUUAAAAACUUGACAGAUAUCAAAUAUUUACUGGGCCUAUGCUUGGUUGUUACUAUGCAAUGAAAUUGUAAGUUUUAAAAUCGAUUUCUUUCAUGUUGUUACCGUCAGAUUGCGAUUGAUAAAAGCUUUAUGUAUUGAAAAAGAUGGGUUAACUGGAACACGGAAAAAUACUGAUCUAGCGUUUGAUUAUGACGUGACAUAACUCCAGUUUCAAUGUUACUUUUUUGGCCAUGUCCCCUUUUAAAAUUUAAAUGUACAAUGCAAGGAAUUGUUGAAAUAAAC